AUGGGCAAUUCUGUAUCAAAAACACUGGGUAAGAUAUUUGGAUCUCGAGAGAUGAAAAUCCUUAUGUUGGGAUUAGAUAACGCUGGGAAGACAACUAUUCUUUACAAACUGAAACUGGACCAGAUAAAAACAUUUGCUCCUACUGUUGGUUUUAUUGUUGAAACAGUUUCUUACAAGAAUGUUAAAUUCAAUAUGUGGGAUGUGGCUGGGCAAGAACGAUUGAGACCAUUGUGGAGGCAUUACUUUCCAGCAACAACAGCAUUAAUCUUUGUUAUAGAUUCAGGUGAUAUUGAUAGAUUGAAUGAAGCAAAAGAGGAAUUGUACAGUAUAAUAAGUGAAAAGGAAAUGGAAAAUGUUGUUUUGCUUGUUUGGGCGAACAAACAAGAUAUGAAGAACGCAAAGAAUCCGCGUGAGAUAUCAGAUUUUCUGCAACUAGGCCAAAAUUUGAGGAACCAACUUUGGUGUGUUAUCGGUAGUAAUGCCUUAACCGGUCAAGGUUUAGUAGAGGGUUUAUCAUGGAUUUCCAACAAUACUAAAGGAAGAAAAAACUAG